AUGUCCAUAACACCAAGAGAUAUGUACUUGGCAUUUGAAAAGCAAUUGAAAAAUCUUCCAGACCGUAAUGCACAUGAUAUGCUUUCAGAGAGUGAUAUUCGAAUUUUUCAUACCCCUGAAGGAAUGCUUUCUAGUGAGCAAGGCGUUUAUGUUGCAGAAUCUGUUGCUUCUAAGAACACAAGACAGGCGAAGGGCCGUUUUCGGAUGUACGAGGACCACAGUGACACGGAUGAUGUCAAUUCUAAUCAGUUUGCGAAGAGAGAACCAACUGGUAGAGAAGCUGCUGGUUUGGGUAAAAAGGAUAUUGGGAAGUUGAUGAAGAAAGCUGAUAAAGGAAAGACAGCAAAAGAAGAGGCUCGUGAAUUAUUGCUGAAGGAGGAGGCAGCUGUACGAGAUAAGGUUAGAGGUAUACAGGACAACCUUUCGUUGAUGCUGAGAGCUCUUGGGGAAAUGGCCAUCUCGAACCCUGUAUUUGCACACAGUCAACUACCUUCCCUGAUUAAGUUUGUUGACCCUUUGCUACAGUCACCUAUAGUGAGUGACGUGGCCUAUGAGACCUUGGUGAAGCUAUCAAGAUGUACAGCCGCACCUCUUUGUCAUUGGGCUCUUGACAUUGCUACUGCUCUACGCCUUAUUGUGACCAAGGAUGUCAGUGUUCUCUUGGAUCUUAUUCCAAUAGCUGGUGAUGGGGAAGCCAAUGAGAGUCCUUCAUUGGGUCUUUUUGAGAGAAUAAUUAAUGGCUUAUCUGUGUCUUGUAAACCUGGACCUCUUCCUGUAGAUUCUUUUACUUUUGUAUUUCCUAUAAUGGAGCACAUUCUAUUAUCACCCAAGAAGACUGGACUUCAUGAUGAUGUGCUUCGUAUUCUCUAUUUGCACAUGGAUCCACUGUUACCCCUUCCUAGACUUCGAAUGCUAUCAGCUCUUUAUCAUGUUCUAGGUGUUGUUCCUGCCUAUCAGGGCUCCAUUGGACCAGCAUUAAAUGAAUUGUGCCUAGGUUUACAACCAGAGGAAGUUGCACCUGCACUGUAUGGAGUGUAUGCAAAAGAUGUUCAUGUAAGAAUGGCCUGCUUAAAUGCCAUAAAAUGUAUUCCAGCAGUUGCCAGCCGAUCUGUCCCCGAGAAUGUUGAGGUUGCAACUAGUCUUUGGAUUGCUCUACAUGAUCCAGAAAAGUUAGUUGCUGAAGCUGCAGAGGAUAUUUGGGAUCGCUAUGGACAUGACUUUGGGACCAAUUAUUCUGGACUUUUCAAAGCACUUUCUCAUAUUGAUUACAAUGUGCGGUUGGCUGCUGCAGAGGCAUUAGCUGCUGCUUUGGAUGAAAAUCCAGAUAGUAUACAGGAAUCUCUUUCUACUUUAUUUUCUUUAUACAUCCGUGAUGCUGGCUUUGGUGAGGAUACUGUUGAUGCUGGUUGGCUGGGCAGACAAGGAAUAGCACUGGCUUUACAUUCUGCUGCUGAUGUUCUAAGAACAAAAGACCUCCCUGUUGUUAUGACAUUCCUCAUAUCACGAGCAUUGGGUGACCUUAAUGCUGAUGUUCGAGGGAGAAUGAUCAAUGCUGGCAUCAUAAUUAUUGAUAAGCAUGGAAGAGACAAUGUUUCCUUGUUGUUUCCAAUCUUUGAGAACUACCUGAACAAGAAGGCAUCAGAUGAGGAAAAAUAUGAUUUGGUUCGUGAAGGUGUUGUUAUUUUUACCGGAGCCUUGGCAAAACACUUGGCUAAGGAUGAUCCGAAAGUCCAUGCAGUGGUGGAGAAGUUGUUGGAUGUUUUGAAUACUCCAUCAGAGGCUGUUCAGCGGGCAGUUUCGUUUUGCUUAUCUCCACUAAUGCAGUCAAAGAAAGAUGAUGCACCUGCUCUUGUUUCUAGGUUAUUGGAUCAACUUAUGAAUAGUGACAAAUAUGGGGAACGCCGAGGAGCAGCUUUUGGACUUGCUGGAGUGGUCAAGGGAUAUGGAAUAUCUUGCUUGAAGAAGUAUGGAAUUGCUGCUGCAAUAAGGGAAAGUCUUGCAGAUAGGAGUUCAGCAAAACGUCGUGAAGGAGCCCAACUGGCUUUUGAGUGCUUUUGUGAAACACUUGGAAAACUGUUUGAACCGUAUGUGAUUCAAAUGUUGCCGUUACUUUUGGUUUCUUUCUCUGACCAAGUUGUAGCAGUUCGUGAAGCUGCUGAAUGUGCUGCUCGUUCAAUGAUGUCUCAACUUAGUGCACAGGGGGUGAAGCUUGUGCUUCCAUCAAUUCUAAAGGGUCUUGAGGAUAAAGCCUGGCGGACAAAGCAAAGCAGUGUACAACUACUUGGUGCUAUGGCAUACUGCGCUCCUCAACAAUUGUCUCAAUGCCUUCCUACUAUUGUGCCCAAACUCACAGAGGUUUUAACUGAUACGCAUCCCAAAGUCCAGUCAGCAGGACAAAUGGCACUCCAGCAGGUCGGGAGUGUGAUAAAGAAUCCAGAAAUAUCUUCUCUUGUCCCUACGCUUCUCAUGGGCCUAACAGACCCCAAUGAGUACACAAAAUAUUCUCUUGAUAUUCUCCUCCAGACAACUUUCAUUAAUUCAAUUGAUGCCCCAUCACUUGCACUAUUGGUACCUAUAGUUCAUAGGGGUCUUAGGGAGAGGAGCGCUGAAACUAAAAAGAAAGCUGCACAAAUAGUUGGAAACAUGUGUUCAUUAGUUACAGAACCGAAGGAUAUGAUUCCUUACAUAGGGUUGCUUCUUCCCGAAGUUAAAAAGGUUCUUGUGGAUCCAAUUCCAGAAGUUCGGUCUGUGGCAGCAAGGGCCAUUGGAUCUCUUAUACGAGGAAUGGGCGAGGAAAACUUCCCUGAUCUUGUUCCUUGGCUGUUUGACUCUCUUAAAACUGAUAAUAGUAAUGUUGAGCGUUCUGGAGCUGCUCAAGGCUUGAGUGAGGUUCUAUCUGCACUUGGCACGGGAUACUUUGAACAUGUGCUGCCUGAUAUUAUCCGAAACUGUUCUCAUCAAAAGGCAUCUGUGCGUGAUGGAUAUUUAACACUUUUCAAGUAUCUGCCAAGAUCUUUAGGCGUUCAAUUCCAGAAUUAUUUGCAGCAGGUGUUGCCUGCAAUUUUAGAUGGUCUUGCGGAUGAGAAUGAAUCUGUUCGUGAUGCAGCGUUGGGUGCUGGCCAUGUCCUGGUGGAGCACUAUGCAACAACGUCCUUGCCUCUUCUCCUUCCUGCUGUUGAAGAUGGUAUUUUCAAUGAUAAUUGGCGCAUCCGGCAAAGCUCAGUGGAAUUGUUAGGAGAUCUCUUGUUUAAGGUAGCUGGGACUUCUGGAAAAGCCUUACUUGAGGGGGGUAGUGAUGAUGAAGGUUCUAGUACUGAAGCACAUGGACGUGCUAUUAUUGAGGUUUUAGGAAGAGAUAAGCGUAAUGAAAUUCUUGCUGCAUUAUACAUGGUCCGGACUGAUGUCAGUUUAUCUGUGCGUCAGGCUGCCUUACAUGUAUGGAAAACAAUUGUGGCCAAUACUCCGAAGACUCUUAAGGAAAUAAUGCCAGUUUUAAUGAAUACUUUAAUUUCUUCUCUGGCAUCGUUGUCUUCUGAAAGGCGGCAGGUUGCUGCACGAGCAUUGGGUGAACUUGUUCGAAAGCUCGGUGAAAGAGUGCUUCCUUUGAUCAUCCCAAUCCUAUCCCAGGGGCUAAAGGAUCCUAAUGCUAGCAGAAGACAAGGUGUAUGCAUUGGUCUGAGUGAAGUGAUGGCAAGUGCUGUGAAGAGUCAAUUAUUGAGUUUUAUGGAUGAACUCAUCCCUACAAUCCGGACUGCCCUUUGUGAUAGCAUGCCUGAGGUGCGUGAGUCUGCAGGCUUAGCAUUCAGCACUCUGUACAAGAGUGCUGGAAUGCAAGCAAUUGAUGAAAUUGUUCCAACACUGCUGCAUGCUCUGGAGGAUGAUGAAACCUCUGAUACGGCGCUUGAUGGUCUCAAACAAAUCUUAAGUGUCAGGACUACAGCUGUACUGCCUCAUAUUUUGCCCAAGCUGGUCCAUCUUCCCCUUUCUGCCUUCAAUGCACAUGCACUGGGAGCCUUAGCUGAGGUUGCAGGACCCGGUCUUAACUUUCACCUUGGUACUAUUCUUCCUGCUUUACUUUCUGCAAUGGGUGCUGAGGACAAGGAUGUUCAAACUCUGGCUAAGAAGGCUGCAGAAACAGUGGCCUUGGUCAUAGAUGAGGAAGGUGUUGAGUAUCUGAUAGCAGAACUUCUAAAAGGUGUUGGGGAUACUCUGGCUUCGAUCAGAAGAAGUUCAUCAUACCUGAUAGGAUUUUUCUUCAAAUACAGCAAGUUAUAUUUGGUAGAUGAAGCACCAAAUAUGAUAUCUACUCUGAUCAUUUUGCUGAGUGAUUCAGAUUCAUCAACUGUUGAGGUUGCUUGGGAAGCUUUAUCAAGGGUUAUUGGUUCUGUUCCUAAGGAGGUGCUUCCUUCAUAUAUAAAAUUAGUACGUGAUGCUGUGUCCACGUCCAGAGAUAAAGAGCGAAGGAAAAAGAAGGGAGGACCAGUUGUCAUUCCAGGUUUCUGUCUCCCAAAAGCUCUUCAGCCAUUGCUUCCGAUAUUUCUUCAAGGUCUGACAAGUGGCUCUGCUGAAUUAAGAGAGCAGGCAGCACUGGGUCUUGGGGAGCUUAUUGAAGUGACUAGUGAAAAAGCAUUGAAGGAUUUUGUCAUUCCAAUCACUGGGCCUCUCAUCCGGAUCAUAGGCGACCGGUUUCCUUGGCAGGUGAAGAGUGCCAUCUUGUCUACAUUGAGCAUCUUAAUACGGAAGGGUGGGAUGUCCCUGAGGCCUUUUCUUCCUCAGCUUCAAACAACAUUUAUCAAGUGCUUACAAGAUAGUACAAGGACUGUUCGUACAAGUGCUGCUUUUGCUCUUGGAAAGCUUAGUGCACUCAGUACAAGAGUUGAUCCUCUAGUCAGUGACCUCCUGUCCAGCUUGCAGGCAUCAGAUGCUGGUGUUCGGGAGGCAAUUCUCACAGCUUUAAAAGGUGUCCUUAAGCAUGCUGGGAAAAGUGUGAGCGAUCCUGUCAGAGUUCGUGUUUUCAGUCAACUCAAGGAUUUAAUUCAUCAUGAUGAUGACCAAGUCCGAAUAUCUGCUGCCAGCAUAUUGGGUAUCACUUCACAGUACAUGGAAGAGCCUCAGCUGGAUGAUCUGCUUGAACUACUCUCAAAUUUGGCAUCUUCUCCUAGCUGGGUGUCCAGGCACGGCUCAGUACUCGCCAUAUCAUCCUUGCUUAGGCACAAUCCUUCCUCUGUUGUUACAUCCCAAAUGUUUCCAUCUAUCAUGCAAUGCCUUAAAGAUGCCCUGAAAGAUGAGAAGUUUCCUCUUCGUGAAACUUCAACGAAGGCAUUGGGAAGGCUUAUACUUCAUCAGAUUCUGAGUGAUCCUUCUGAAGCCACUGCACAUGUUGAUAUCAUUUUGACAAUAGUGUCUGCUUUGCACGAUGACUCCAGUGAAGUCAGAAGGAGAGGUUUAUCUGCUUUAAAAGCUGUUGCAAAAGCAAGUCCUCCAUCAAUUACGGUCCAUGUUUCCAUUAUUGGCCCUGCACUUGCAGAAUGUUUGAAGGACAGUAGUACUCCGGUGAGGCUAGCCGCGGAAAGAUGUGCUGUGCAUGCAUUCCAGAUGACAAAAGGUACAGACAAUGUUCAAGCUGCUCAAAAAUUUAUUACGGGCUUGGAUGCUAGGCGACUUUCAAAGUACCCUGAAUAUAGUGGUUGUGGACUUGCAGUGAUGAGAGCGAAGACAGUGAAGAAGAAUCAACAAGUGGCUAAUAGCUGAUUUGCAUAUCCCUAUUAUUUUUGUGUUCUUCAAGAGAGGUACGCAAAAACCUUCAGGAAUUUUGGUCAAAUGCUAUGUGUGGCGACUCUUGUUCAUAGGAGUACAUAGUCAUAUUUAAUCAUACGAAGAUGAUAAAAGGCUCAACCCCAUCAGUUUUGGACGUGGAUUGCAUGUAGAUAUAGCGGUGGAUUUUAGCUCUUGUUUUUUGUAAACCCUUGCAAUUGCUGAGGAAUAGAAAAAGCCGCUCGACACAAUCCCCUUUUUGUUGUAAUUUAUGUCAGUGCUACUCUUAGUUAUCUGUAUGAACAAUUUUGCUCCUUGCCUGCCCAGAUUGCUAAACGGAUAAAAGGCUUCUCUUUCCGAAGGCCAGUGCUUGAUGUUUCCUAAAUUAAAAUAAUCUGCAUUCCUAUCACAAA